AUGAAGGAGGCGAACGUAUCGACCUCGCCGCGACUGCCCCAGCACGUCUCCGACGGGACCUCUGACGAGGAACGCAAAGGACUGCUCUCUGGCGACGUCCAAGACCGCCCCGAUCCCGAGUUGAGCGGGAAGAGGCCCUGGACGAAGAGGAUCCUUGUCCUCGCCACGGCUGCGGCGCUAUUGCUCUUAGGCGUAGCUGCUGGAGAGUGUCUUCUAUCUCGACGUGCCGACAAGAAUACCCUGCGUGCAACCUUCCUCAAAGACGCCGUCCGCUCGAAUGGCACGCAUGACUUCAAGCCGACAGUUCUGGUUGUCUCCAUAGAUGGAUUGCAGGCUGGUUAUCUUGACCGCGGCCUGACCCCUCAUCUGCUGGACAUCGCCAAGAAAGGCUUACGAGCCAAGUUCAUGAAGCCCAUAUUCCCUACCUUAACUUUCCCGAACCAUUGGGCCCUCAUGACCGGCCUAUACGCAGAAUCCCAUGGAAUAGUCGCAAAUAAUUUCUGGGAUCCAGAGACGGGUACCGAAUUCCAUUACAACUCGGCCGCCCAUUCCUGGAACGCGAGCUGGUGGUUUGGGGAACCCAUGUGGGAAACGGCGGGCAAGGCAGGCCUGAUCACUGCGAACCUGAUGUGGCCAGGACCUCCUCAGACUAGAACAGGGUGGAGUCCCACCUACUUCAUUCCAUGGCGGGAUAAAGUACCUCUCAAGGAGAAGCAUGAUCAGAUCAUGGCCUGGCUUGAUAUGCCCAUAGACACAAGACCGCAGCUGAUCAUGGCAUAUGAGCCAUCCCUCGACCAGGCAGGACAUCUCACCGGUCCAAACUCAACCCUCGUCAACAAUACCUUAUCGUAUGUCGACCGGUUUGCGAAAGACAUCCACGAGUCCCUCGAAGCGCGCAACCUGACCGACAUCGUCGACGUCGUCUUCGUCAGCGACCACGGCAUGACGGACACGAGCCACCUCAAUAUGAUCUACAUCGAUGAGAUCCUCGGCAAAGACGGCUACGAGGCCAUCGAGCACGAAGACGGCUGGCCCUCGAUGGGCAUCCGCUUCUCCCCAUCCGUCGACGCCGCGCACUACCUCGACAUCCUGCUGGACGCCGCGAGGGCGAACCCGGAGAAGUUCGACGUGUACACGCACGAGACGAUGCCGCAGCGGUACCACUUCUCCGACAACCCGCGCAUCGCGCCGAUCUACAUCGUCCCGAAGAUGGCGUACGCGCUUACCACCAGGAAGGAUGGGGAUGUCGGGUUUACCAAGGGGAACCAUGGGUAUGACAAUGACGAGCCGUCGAUGAGAGCGUUCUUCGUCGCCCACGGGCCCUUCUCUGCGGUGACGAAAGUCGUCCAGAAACAGAACUCGCAGAGGUUGAUGCGGCGCCUCCUAGGCAACCCCAACGAGGGGUGGCAUUCCACAGCCGACGAUACGUAUGUCUUGGAGGGCUUCGAGAACGUCAACCUUUACAAUUUGGUGAUGAAGCUGCUGGGCAUCCAGGAUUCAGCGGCGAAGACGAAUGGGACGGAGGGAUUCUGGGACAAGUAUUUUUGA